AUGCCGCGUAAGUAUGUUAGAGUUACAAAUCGAGGUGAUUGGUCACAUGAAAACUUAUUAAAUGCUAUAAGUGCAAUUUCCAAUAAGGAAAUGAGCAUUAGAAAAGCCUCAAAAGCCUAUGGUAUCCCUUUCAGCACAGUCCAAGAAAGGAUUAAAAAGGGCCAAACCCAAAUUUUAAAUCUUGGGCGUAAACCUGUAUUUUGUAUUGUUGUAGAAAAUGAUAUGACUGAACAUAUAAAAGAUUUGGCAAAACUAUUUUAUGGAAUUACACCUUUGCAAUUAAGAAGUGCUGCUUUUACGUUUGCAGAAGAUAACAAACUUGAACACAAUUUUAAUAGUAGUCUUAAACUUGCGGGAAUAGAUUGGUUUUAUAAUUUUAUUAGACGUAAUCCAUCAAUAACCAUUAGAAAACCUGAAGCAACCAGUAUUAGUCGUAUAACAGCUUUUAACAAAACUGAAGUUUCACUUUUUUUUGAAAAUCUUGAGAUGUUAAUGGAAAAAUAUUCAUUUGUUCCUUCGCGCAUUUUUAAUAUGGACGAAACCGGAAUUUCCACCGUACAAGACCCAGGAAGAAUAAUAGCACCUAAAGGCCAAAAACGUGUAGGUUCUGUCACGAGCUGGGAAAGAGGUAAAAACGUAACUGUUAUUUGUUCCAUGAGUGCGUCAGGUACAUUUGUUCCUCCUAUAUUUAUUUUCCCAAGAAAGAGAAUGUGUCAUCAAUUACAAAGAAAUGGUCCUCUAGGUGCAGUAUAUCAGUGUACCAAAAACGGGUGGUCCAAUGAGGAUAUUUUCCUUGUUUGGUUACAGCAUUUUGUUAAUCAUACGAAACCAUCAACGGCGGAACCCGUUCUCCUUAUAUUAGACAACCAUGGAAGCCAUAUUAAUUUGCCUGCUUAUGAUUUUUGUAAAAAAAAUAAUAUAAUUAUGUUGUCAUUGCCACCACAUACCUCACAUCGAAUGCAACUUCUUGAUGUCACAUUUUUUGGACCACUAAAGCAGGCAUUUAAAAGAGAAUGUGAUUUAUUUAUGAAGUCAAAUUCACUUGUAAAAAUAACCCCGUAUGAUUUGGCUGAACUGUUUAAUAAAGCAUAUUCUAUAGUGGCAACAAUACAAAAAGGUGUAUCUGGGUUUAGUUCGACAGGAAUAUAUCCAAUGAACCCAAAUAUUUUUACCGAAGAGGAUUUUUUCGCAGCUAACACAUUUGCUACUGACGAUACCAACACCUUAUCUCCAGUUGUUAUUGAAAUGAAUUCUACUUCUGAAGAACCAUCAUCAAAUUCUACAAAUAAUGUUUUAAAAAACUCCGUGCCUUCUACAUCUACAUCGUCGGAAUAUCUUGUUACCUUUAAAUCCAUUACGCCAAUUCCAAAAAAACCAUCUCCAAAAGUGGUUCGCCGAAGAUCUGCAAAACAGCACUCUACUGUUAUAACAUCUACUCCAAUGAAAACGAUACUCGAAUUAAAAUAA